AUGGGCGUCAUAAGGAAGAACACGGCCUCGAGAGGGGGAGACGGCGGUACAAAGUACCACUGCGACGUCUGCUCCAUCGACAUCACCUCCACUGUCCGCAUAUCUUGCGCAAAUCCCGCCUGUCGCGACUAUGAUUUGUGUGUUCCCUGCUUUGCACGUGGCGAACACUCUAAAAAUCAUGAUCCUCGCACCCACGAAUACCAUGUCGUCGAGCAGAAUUCCAUCCCCAUCUACACCGAGGACUGGGGCGCCGAUGAAGAGUUACUCCUGCUCGAGGGCUCGGAGAGAUAUGGGCUAGGAUCUUGGGCUGACGUAGCCGAGCACAUCGGUGGGUAUCGGGAAAAGGAUGAAGUGCGCGACCAUUACAUCGAUACAUACAUCAACAGUUCAUUAUUCCCCCUGCCAGAAUUGGCAGACCCGGCCGAUAUGAGGCUAUUUGAAAGAAUACCGAAGGACGAAUUUCAGGCCCGGAAGAAACGACGUAUCGAAGAACGGAAGGAAGUCGCCAAAUCCGCGCCGCCAGCCACACCCAAGCAAAAGCCCACUGCGAGUGUACCAGCAUGUCAUGAGGUGCAGGGCUUCAUGCCUGGACGUCUGGAAUUUGAAACCGAAUUCGCAAAUGAUGCCGAGGAAGCCGUCCAGCACAUGUCAUUUGAGCCUGGUGACGGUAUUGACCCGGUUACCGGUGAAAUGGACGAAGAGACAACACUGAAGAUGACGGUCUUUGACAUCUACAAUUCCAGAUUGAAGGCUCGGACGGAACGCAAAAGAAUUAUUUUUGAACACAACCUACUCGACUACAAGAAGAAUCAACUGAUUGACAAGAAGAGAACCAAAGAAGAAAAAGACUUGCUGCACAAGGCCAAACCUUUCGCGCGCAUGAUGAACCACGAAGAUUUCGAGGCUUUCAACAGAGAUCUUUUGCUGGAGCACAACCUACGGAUCGCCAUAGCGCAACUACAAGAGUGGAGGCAGAUGGGCAUCAGCGACCUGAAAGGUGGUGAGAAGUACGAAGCGGACAAGCAGGCCCGUGCACAGCGGAACCAACCCCAGGGACAAUUCGACCGGAUGCCACAAAUCCCCAAGAAGGGCAGUCAGAUCCAGCAGGCCGAACUGCCGACCGAAGCAUCCAAGCUGACCACCCCCGAAUUACCCCUUCGCUUCCAACGAAAACCGAAGACUGUUCCACAGUUUGCGGAUAGUCAACCGGCUGUCGAGAACGACUUUGACAAGCUCUUUGCCGAGGCGAAUGGCCCGGAAAGUUCCUCUGGUCCCAAGCCCAAAAUACGCUAUGUCGUACAGCCUUUGAAUGGGAUCACCCCCUGGAAACUGGAGGAUGACAAAUCUCUGGCUCCUGAUCUUCAACUUCUCAGCGAAGAGGAAAUCCAACUGUGCAACGUGCUCCACAUCCGUCCGAAACCAUAUCUCGCACUCAAAGAAGGCCUUCUCAAGGAAGCCAUGAAGCAAGGUGGGCAUAUGAAGAAGAAGGAAGCGCGAGGGGUCUGUAGGAUCGAUGUCAAUAAAGCUAACCGGAUCUUUGACUUUAUGAUCCACAGUGGCUGGAUUGCGAAAGCCUGA